GUUUUCUGCCUCGUUGGAAAUUACGUUCUCUUUGCCGCCGGUCGCAGCGCAUGGCAAAUCAGGGCACUUCGGAAGGAAGCAGCCAGUGCAAGCUCGACAUCAACCAUCCUCCACCUUGUGUGCGUGCCAAUCUACAAGGAGCCGGAUGACAUGGUCAUUGCCACAAUCUCGCGCUUGAACAACAUUACGGCGGCCCCCCGCAUGAGGGUUAUCUUUGCGAUGGAAGCUGCCACUGACCGUGCGGAGGAGAGGUUCAAGCUGUACAGGUCAUACCUGUCGCGGGUUCCUGAAGUGCGCUUCUACGUGCACCCUGUUGGC